AUGGAGUCUCUGAGGAAUAUCCGUGUCGGGCAUCCUGCUAGCGGCGUUGAUCAUACAAAGAUGGCGAAACGAAUUGCGGAGAAACGAGCAGGUUGCGACUUGUACACUGCUCCAGCUGCAGGCGCAACAAUCAACUCGCUUGAGGGAAGCUUCACGAUGACUUGGAAUCCGUCGUGUGCAACGAAUGCUCCGUCGGCGGUUGACAUCUAUCUCACUGCAGCAAUACCAAUACCAAAGGUGCUAUUCACGUUUGGCAAAAGUCAACUUUGCCGCUGGAACUUACACCGAUGUCCUCAAGCCCAAGUGGUGGAAUGCAACUUCGGACGUCAGUCUGCAACUAUCGUUCGUGGCAGCCAGCACCCCCUUUUCCUCUCCAACUUCCCAGUCGGCCCUACCUGGACUGCUCACUACGAUGCCUCCUCGGCCGCGGGAGCCGCGGCUGCAGCCGACACUUCCACUCCCGAUGCCAUCUACCAGACCGUCAACAAUAAUUUCAACGGCGGCGGCCUAAGCAAGGGCGCACUCGCUUCUGCCGUUAUCUUCCCUAUUCUCACGGUCGCUGUGGCCCUGCUUGUCUACGUCAAAUUCAGCCGCAAGAAGGAAGCAAAGAAGCGUCAACGUUGGUCCCAGGCCAUGGACAAGCGCAUGUCCACUAUCUCCAAGGAUUGGGCUGGUGCUCGUCCGUCCAUGGCUGGAAGUCGGAACACUCGUGCCUCGAGCUGGUACGUUACCCACAUGGGCAACCAAGCCGGACGCCCUUCCUCCACCUUUGCGAAUGAGAGCGGCCAAGCUGGAAUCGGAGCCCGUUACGGCGGUCCUAAUUCCCCAGGAGCACAUUCCUCGUCAAUUGGAUCCGGGCCAGAAAUGGGCCAAAUCAGACCUCGCGCCCUCUCUUCGUUGACUCCAUCGGAUCGUAUCAGCCGUAUUAGCUUCGCAGGCGAUUCACGUCCCUCCAUGGGAGAUUCGAUGCGCCCGGCCAUAUCGCACGGCACCCCCACCCGCGCCGAGUGGUCCCUACUCAUGAGUGCCGACGAGAUCCGCGCCAAGGUCGCUCAGGGCCAUGAACAUGGAACCCCUAGCGUUGACGGGGACCUUCGGGAUGACAUUCUACAAAUGCCCGCCGCAACUCACCUCCGCACCGGUCAGGUCAAUGGCUCCGACGACUUUUUGGUUCGCCCCGAUAGCAUGGCCCUUGCAUACGGUGGUGUCGAAGAGGUAGAACCCCCUGCACCAGUUCACAACGCCAUGUUCCCCACUGGUGCGAUGCCCAUGGCUCCAUCCCACGCAUCGCCGGAUGACAUGAUGCGCGCGUAUGCACAAGCCCGCACUAAUGGUACCAACACACCAUCCCAAGGAAUGCGAACCCUUUACGCUCCGGCCAACGCAGAUGGUCUCAGUCCGGCUGCAACUCAUGGCGCAGAAGACAAGAAUCCGUACAGGAAGAGCAUGAACAGCGAGGCUUCGCGCUAUAGCGAAGCGGAUGUCGGACGGGCCGCAUAA